AUGGGUCAAUCGCAUUCCAAGGGCAACGCCGGCUCGGGCGACCCGUUACAAUCGUACCCGUCCUUUUCGAAAUCCGACACCAAAGAGUCCCUCCGUUCUUUCCGCGGCUCCAUUCGCUCCAAGAUCCCGGGUGCGCGGAGCAGCGAUAGCCCGCGAGGCUCGACGACCGCCCUCUCCCAGACCGACAGCCAAAUUGAUAAGUCUGAUGCCGGCUCCGUCAAGUCCGCCGGAAGUCGUCCGGGCUCCAACGCUGGCCUCUCUUCCCCCGCCUCCGAGAGCGCCUCACGCCCCGCCUCUCCGCAGCCCCCUCCAUCCCCAUCGCUCUCCAGCAGUUUGAAGCGAGGUCAUAAGGAUGUGAAUGCAAUGAAGCAGAGUGGCGAGGUGGAUCACGUCUCGGAUGGUCCCCCCACGGGCGGACCGCCCAGUGGCACAGCUGUGAAAGCGGGGGAAUCCAUUCUAAUCAAGCGAGAAAAUCAACUGAAUCCCAUCUUGGACUUCAUUCUCAACGCGCCACUCGAGACCUCCGGAUCCCCGGGUAUGGGCAUGGGUGCCUUGAAAUCCAUCGACCUGGAUGAUAUGAUCUCUCGGCUGCUUGAUGCAGGCUAUUCCACCAAGGUCACCAAAACUGUUUGUCUCAAGAAUGCCGAGAUUACCGCCAUUUGCUCUGCGGCCCGGGAACUCUUCCUGUCCCAGCCGGCGUUGCUCGAGUUAUCUGCCCCUGUUAAAAUCGUCGGUGAUGUGCAUGGCCAAUAUACGGAUUUGAUCCGUCUCUUUGAGAUGUGUGGAUUCCCGCCGGCGUCGAAUUACCUCUUUCUGGGUGACUAUGUCGAUAGAGGAAAGCAGAGCCUCGAGACUAUCCUUCUGCUCCUAUGUUAUAAGCUCAAGUACCCAGAGAACUUCUUUUUGCUCCGUGGCAACCAUGAAUGCGCCAACGUCACGCGAGUUUAUGGAUUCUAUGACGAAUGCAAGCGGCGUUGCAACAUUAAGAUCUGGAAGACCUUUAUCGACACUUUCAACUGCCUCCCCAUUGCUUCGAUCGUGGCAGGCAAAAUUUUCUGUGUGCAUGGCGGCCUCUCACCUAGCCUGUCGCAUAUGGACGAUAUCCGAGGCAUUGCUCGUCCGACUGACGUUCCUGAUUAUGGUCUGCUGAAUGACCUCUUGUGGAGUGACCCGGCCGAGAUGGAGGAAGAUUGGGAACCCAACGAACGUGGUGUGAGUUAUUGUUUCGGUAAGAAGGUGAUUAUGAACUUCUUGCAGCGUCAUGAUUUCGAUCUGGUUUGUCGUGCCCACAUGGUGGUUGAGGAUGGAUAUGAGUUCUACCAGGACCGCAUCCUGGUGACGGUAUUUUCUGCUCCUAAUUAUUGCGGCGAAUUUGACAACUGGGGCGCCAUUAUGUCCGUCUCAGGCGAGCUACUCUGUAGCUUUGAGUUGCUGAAACCCUUGGACUCGACCGCACUGAAGAACCACAUUAAGAAGGGCCGUAACAAGCGGAACAGCAUGCUAAACAGUCCUCCCGCGCUACCCUCUGCUCAAAGUUACUAA